AUGGAAGAACAAGCCGUGCACUUCAGACAUAUUUUAUUGUAUUACUUCCGAAAAGGCAAGAUCGCAUCGCAAGCACAAAAGAAGUUAUGUGCCGUAUAUGAAAAUGAAGCCUUGAAAGAAAGGCACUGUCAAAAUUGGUUUGCCAGAUUUCGUUCUGGUGAUUUUUCACUGAAAAAUGCUCAACGAUCUGGCCGUCCAGUUGAAAUCGAUGAGAUCCAUAUCAAGGCCAUUAUCGAUUCAGAUCGUCAUAGUACAACACGUGAUAUUGCAGAAAAGCUCAAAAUAUCACAUACAUGCAUUCAAAAAAAAUUAAAACAGCUUGAUUAUGUUAAGAAACUCGAUUUAUGGAUACAUCAUCAGCUUAAAUAA